AUGAAAUCUUUGCAAGUAACACUGAAGCACAAAUCAUUGAAAACGGAUAUUGCUAAUGGAUUGGUAAUACUUGCUCGACAGGAUACGAGUUUUACACUUUUCAACAAAAGUGUUGAGGUGAAAGAUAUAGUGCUGAAGCACCCAAAUGGAACUGAUAAUAAACAUAUUUCUUCGACAUCCAAACCGUGUUCAAUUUUCGACACCAAAGAGUAUUGCACAGGCGCAGAGAUCUGUUCGGACGAGUCCGGCAUAGCAGUUUGUGUGAUCGUUUCUGUUGUCCAACCAGAAUGGACUCUCUACGUUAUUCUGAUUGGAGUCUCUGUUCCUCUAUUAUUUGCCAUUAUUGUACUCAUAAUUUGUGUCUUCCACAAAAGAAAGUCCAAAAACAACGAUUCUGGUAGUAUUCAAAGUCACAUGCUUCAUAAUGAUUAUGACUUACCAAAACGUUCGAAAGAUGGCUUCAGCGAUGAGUAUUGCACGAUUGGUUCUACAAGUAACAGUGGAAUUUAUGAUCCUUCUAAUGACUAUGUUCAUUCAGGAUUUCAUCAUAAUCCAAUGUACGACGCUUUAAAACCAUCUGAACAGUUUCGCAUCAAGAGACCAAACAUCAGAAUGAACAAUUAAUCACGCAGAUAUACAUUCUUCUCUGGAACCAUUUCAGCAAUUUCUACCAAUGUUGAACUUUAAUUUAAUUGCAUAA